CUAGAUCCUUCUCUUCUCUGGUCCUAACAUACGCACGACAUUGCCGCUUUUCUCCCUUCAAGCAAUGGAGGAGGAGGUGGAGACGUAUCAAUUUCAUCCAUAUGUCCAGCACCUUGUUAGUCAGAUCAGCAACGCUUCCAGCUUCUUCAGCCACAAGGAUAAAGAGGUCUUCCUCUUUGAACUUAUCGGCAGAAGCUACCGGGUAAAUAUACCGUUUCCUUUAAAAAUUGAGAAGUAUAGUUAACUAUAAAAUUGAGAUCUUCCUUUUAGUUGUCUAGUUAUUGUGUAAUCACGAGUUAUUGAGCCAUGUGUGUUUUGUCUGUAGUCUGUCCGGACUGUUAACUAUAAGGACUUGCCUAGAUUGAUGAUGCGAAUGAUUGUUAGAUAAUUUGCUUCAUAUUUUCGGUCAUGUAUGGAUGUUAAAAAUGUUGUGUGUUAUGAAAUGGGGUACACAAUAUUAAUUAUCUUAUUAAUUACUCCGUACUAUGCUGGUGUAAAGUUUUAUAAUCUACUUAUACAAAUCCAGAUUUUGUCCAAUGCUCCGUCAGUCAUUGGCGUCCUUCUUAAUAUUGAGAGCUUGAACUCCUGCUUGCUUAGGUAGUUAUGGUUAGAUCGAUAUGCGUAACUACCUAUGUGUCUACAUAAUUUGAUUAAACCAUUUCCAUUGACAUACCUCUAGCAAUUUCAAUAUAUGAGCUGGCUUCUCGCUAUAUCUCAGUGAGUAUAAAUGUGGCCUCAUGUGCAGCUGUUGCUUAAUCAAAUUAAUUUUUGUCUGGCCUAACUGUUUAUUCUGUGCAUACCGUUGUUACCAGGAUCUUGACAGUAUGCUAUGUGAAAACUUAUCUGACAAGUUUGAGCACACCAAUGCAUCAAUGCUUUGCAUCGAUAUCACCCCUGACAAGACCAAUAACUCGUUGACUAUCAGUGAUAACGGUAUUGGUAUGACAAAGGCGGAGUUGGUCAACAUGGGGACAAUGGCUAGGUCUGUCACAAAGGAGUUUAUGGAAGCUUAUCUUGCAGCUGGUAUUAUUGAUGGUAAUAUGAGUAGACAGUCUGUCACAAAGGAGUUUAUGGAAGCUUAUCUUGCAGCUGGUAUUAUUGAUGGUAAUAUGAGUAGACAGUUUGGUGUUGGAAUCUACUGUGCUUUUCUUGUGGCUAAGAAGCUCAUUGUAAGAACAAAGCAUAAAAGUGAUGAGCAGUAUGUCUGGGAAUCCCAAGCGGGCGACUCAUUCACCCUCACCAGAGGUUCGAGGGAGCCCCUUGCCACGGGUACUACAAUUACCCUCUACCUCAAGGAGAAGGAGCUUGAGUACCUGGAAGAGCGCCGACUGAAGGAUUUAAUCUACAAGCACCCUAAGUUCAUUAGCCACCGCAUCUUCCUAAAAUAUCACAAGACUUUUGGGGAAGAGCAUAUGUAUGAGAUGUUCGAACAACAAAGGGCGUUCUGGAUGAGGAAACCAGAGGAGAUUACAGAAGAAGAAUAUGCUGCAUUCUACAAGAGUAGUCUCACAAACAACAGGGAGGAGUAUUUGGCAGUCAAACACUUCGGGGUGGCGGUUGAGAAAAACAGCGGUAGGAAUUCCGGCCUGUUGAAAUUCAAGGCUCUCCUCUUUGUUCCAAAGAGGGCUCCUUCUGACUCCUUCGAUGCAAAGAAGGUAAACAACAUCAAGCUCUAUGUCCGUCGUGUCCUCAUCAUGGAAAGUUGUGAGGAGCUGAUCCCGCAGUACUUGAGUUUUGUCGAGGGAGUAGUCGACUGUGAGGACCUUCCUUUGAACAUCUGUGGUGAGACUUUGAAGGAAAACAGGAUUAUAGAUUGGAUGGUCAUUCGCAAGAACCUGGUAAACAAGUGUCUAGAGCUGUUCUCUGAGAUUGCAAAAGAUAAGGAAUACUACACCAUAUUCUAUGAGGCUUUCUCAAAGAACCUCAAGCUUGGGAUGCAUGAGGAUUCGCAGAACAGGACUAAGCUUGCAGAGCUUCUUCGUUACCCCUCCACAAAAAGCGGGGAUGAGUUGACCAGCUUGAAGGACUAUGUGAGCAGGAUGGAGGAAGGACAACACUACAUCUACUACAGCACACGGGAUAUGAGGAAGAAGGUUGAGGAGGACGGUCGGGUUAAAGUGUUAAAGCAGUUGGGAGUUGAGUUCCUCUUCAUGUCUAUGUUUGAUCAGUACUUUGUUGUUGGUCUAUUGAAGCAGUUUGAAGGGAAGGAGUUUUUUUCACUUGAUGAGAUUGAUGAGUUCACUACAGGUCAUUCGGAAACAGUCUCUCUAUGCUUUAGUACAGGGGUAAGACUGCGUACAUCCGACCCCCCCUUAUCCCAUCGUAGAUGGGAGCCUUUGCGGCACUGGGGUAAUGAUGAUGAGAUUGAUGAGUGCUCCAGUGAUGAUCACUUGAAUGAGUUUGAAUGGAAGAAGCAGAGGAAGAAUGAAGAGCUCAAGGCGCAGUUUGAGAAUUUGUGCAGGGUGAUUAAGGAUUUUCUUGGUGACGAGGUUGAAAAGGUUGUUGUAGCUGACCGUUUUAUGGACUCUCCCUGCUGUUUAGUCACUCCAGAGCAUGGAUGGAGUGCAAAUAAGAGAAUGAAACCCACCAUGGAGAUCUGUCCGGAGCAUCCCCUCGUGCGACACAUGUGUUCAAGCGCCAAAUCUCUCAAGGACAAGGUGCUGACGUAUUUUGAGAACUGUACCUGCUCCUGUCCCAUUCAGGGUGGAAUCCACAGCUUUGGGCGCAUGGGGGGUGUAUGAUGCUGCUGACACGUUAAUUGUUAUGGUUCUGUUGGUGUUUGCCAAAAAUGUUUUUUUUUGCAGUUUGGGUUCAGUCUUUUGCUCCAAAGAGUUAUAAAAAUAGUAAUCAUCUAUACUUAAUCCGAAUCAAUGUUCUAAAAGGCGCUAGUCGGGCGCCAACCCAGAGCCUAGCGCUUAGGCGGCUAGGCGGGCGCUUAGUCGGAGACUAGUAGGAGACAUAGGAAUUGCAUUUUUAUCUAUAUUUUUGCAUAAAUAUGAUAAAUAAUAUUGUAUUUUUGUGUGUAUAAAAUACAUAUAUACAUAUACAUUAACAAAAUAUGAAUGAUAGAAUUAUCACAUUUAAU